AUGCUUACGUAUGGAGUAUCAGGUGAUUUGAUAGAUAAAUAUGUGCAGAUUGAAGAAACUAUUGCAUUAGAAAGUUUGAAAAAAUUUGUUACUGCAGUAAUUGAUGUUUUCUCUGAGGAAUACUUGAGAAAGCUAAACAAUGAAGACAUUGCUAGACUGUUAUCUCACGGCGAACACCGAGGUUUUCCAGAUAUGUUAGGUUCAAUUGAUUGCAUGCAUUGGAAGUGGAAAAAUUGUCCAUCUGCAUGGAAAGAACGAUCUCAUGUAUUUAAUGAACUUGCUGAAGGACGUGCUCCUACAGUACAUUACUUAAUCAAUAGUCAUGACUACACAAUGAGAUAUUACCUUGCUGAUGGCAUAUAUCUAAAGUGGGCAACAUUUGUAAAAAUAAUCCCAGCUCCACAAGGACAGAGGUAUAAAUUAUUUGCAGCAGCCCAAGAGGCGUGUAAGAAGGAUGUUGAGCGUGCAUUUGGAGUGCUUCAAGCACGUUUCGCAACUGUCCAUGGACCUGCACAAUUUUUCCAUCUUGAAACAUUCCAAAAGAUCAUAAAAGCGUGCAUAAUUCUCCACAACAUGAUUGUUGAAGAUGAGUGGGAAGAUGAGCGGGAUGAUAAUGAAGUGGUAGACUUGGAUUAUGAACAAAAUGAUGGAGUGGAUAAUCCUCCUCUGCAAGUUUAA